UUUAGCUUAACGGAAGUCUCGUCAACUCUCGCACGCGCACGCUGUACACAAGAACUUAGUUUUACUCGGAGAAGAGAGCGUACGAUCCGCUGUUUCGCUGGUUAGAGGAUUACAAUGGCCACUAAAGUUCAAAUAACUUCGGCAGCUGGUGUGCUGUCAUUGCUUGAUGAACCAGAGCCACAGCUUAAGACAUUUGCAUUGGAGAAGCUGGACAAGAUUGUUGGCAUGUUCUGGGCAGAAAUCUCCGAGUCUAUUGACAAAAUUGAAGUGCUGUUUGAAGAUCAAAAUUUUAAGAAGAAGAAGCUGGCUGCCUUGGUAGCCUCAAAGGUGUAUUAUCACCUGGGUGCUUAUGAGGAGUCCUUGACCUAUGCUCUUGGAGCAGAAGAACUUUUCAAUGUGAAUGACAAUUCAGAAUUUGUGCAGACCAUCAUUGCAAAGUGCAUUGAUCACUACACUCGUCUGCGGGUUGAAAAUUCAGAAAGCAAUGAUGAACACAAACCCAUUGAUGCUCGCUUGGAGGCUGUUGUGAAUAGAAUGUUUCAGCGCUGCUUCGAUGACAGACAGUACAAACAGGCUAUUGGGAUUGCUUUGGAGACACGAAGGAUUGACAUCUUUGAAAAGGCUGUGAAAACAUCAGAUGACAUACCUGCGAUGCUGACCUAUGCCUUCAAAGUGUGCAUGUCACUGAUACAACACCGACAGUUUCGCAACACUAUCUUGGGAGUACUGACAAAACUAUAUAUGGGACUGCAUGUUCCAGACUACAUAAAUGUUUGUCAGUGCUACAUCUUUCUGGAUGACCCUAAUGCAGUAGCUGACAUACUUGAGAAACUCAUCAAAGGUGACGAGGACUCAACUUUGAUGGCAUAUCAGAUUGGGUUUGACCUGUACGAGAGUGCAACACAGCAGUUUCUGCAAAGAGUACAGUCUGCUCUCCGGGCUGCUGCACCUCUCCCUACACUUCUGCCUAAUCAGGCGGCAAAAACCCCAGCACUGAAGAUACCUGUACAGGAAACAUCAGGUGUUGAAGCCAAAGAGAAAGAUAUAUCAAUGGAGACAAAUGAAGAGGUUGCCACUGCAUCAACAGAAUCUAUUCCCAAAUCUGCUGCGGCAAAAGACACCUCCAGUCUGAGCGCUGAGGACAAAGGGCUGCAAGAACCUGACCGUCUGCUGACCAUCCUGGGAGGGGAGACAACAAUCUUUCUCCACCUACAGUUCCUCAUCAAGUCUAACAAGACAGACAUGCUUAUUCUGAAAAAUACCAAGGAUGCUGUUCGUAACUCUGUAUGCCACUCUUCAACUGUCAUUGCAAAUGCUUUCAUGCACUAUGGUACCACAUCUGAUCAGUUUCUUAGGGACAACUUGGAAUGGUUGUCACGUGCCACCAACUGGGCAAAGUUCACAGCAACUGCCAGUCUAGGAGUGAUCCAUAAUGGUCAUGAAAAGGAGGCACUUAAUCUGAUGUCCUCAUACCUGCCUAAAGAUACUGCAGCAGGAUCAGCUUAUUCCGAGGGAGGAGGACUCUAUGCUCUUGGGCUUAUCCAUGCAAACCAUGGAGGGGAAAUAACUGACUACCUUCUGGGGCAGUUAAAGGAUGCCUCCACAGAUAUGGUGCGGCAUGGCGGCUGUCUUGGUUUGGGUUUAGCUGCAAUGGGAACGGCCAGACAAGAUAUUUAUGAACAGCUGAAGUUCAAUCUUUACCAGGAUGAUGCUGUGACGGGUGAAGCAGCAGGCCUGGCUAUGGGGCUUGUAAUGCUGGGGACCAAGUCUGCCACAGCCAUUGAGGACAUGGUGGCGUAUGCCCAGGACACCCAGCAUGAGAAGAUCCUGCGAGGCCUGGCAGUAGGGAUUGCACUGACUAUGUAUGGACGCCUGGAGGAGGCUGAUGCUCUGAUUGAGAGCCUCUCGCGGGACAAAGACCCCAUUCUGCGCUGGGCUGGCAUGUACACGCUGGCUAUGGCCUACUGCGGCUCCGGAAACAACCAGGCCAUUAGAAAGCUUCUUCAUGUUGCGGUCAGCGAUGUCAACGAUGAUGUGCGGCGAGUGGCGGUCACCUCCCUGGGCUUUCUUCUGUUCAGGACCCCGGAGCAAUGCCCCAGUGUCGUCUCUCUUCUCUCCGAGAGCUACAACCCGCACGUGCGCAUCGGAGCUGCCAUGGCCUUGGGCAUUGCCUGCGCUGGGACAGGUCUGAAGGAGGCAAUCAGUCUGCUGGAGCCGAUGACCAAUGACCCGGUGAACUACGUCCGACAGGGCGCUCUCAUUGCCUCCGCCCUCAUUUUGAUCCAGCACAACGAAGUCAUCUGUCCCAAGGUGGCCCACUUCCGCCAGCUGUAUGCCAAGGUCAUCAGCGACAAGCAUGAAGACGUGAUGGCCAAGUUCGGCGCCAUCAUGGCCCAGGGUAUCAUCGAUGCAGGCGGCCGCAAUUGCACCAUCUCCUUGCAGUCGCGCACCGGCCAUACCAACAUGGGCGCCGUGGUGGGACUGCUGGUGUUCUGCCAGUAUUGGUUCUGGUACCCUCUGACGCACUUCCUGUCUCUGGCUUUCACGCCCAGCUGCCUGGUCGGCUUGAACUGUGACCUUAAGAUGCCAAAAGUGCAGUUCAAGUCCAACGCCCGUCCGUCUAUGUUUGCGUACCCGCCGCCGCUGGAAGAGAAGAAGAACCUGGCCAAGGAGAAGGUAGAGACAGCCGUCCUGUCCAUCACCGCCAAGCACCGCCGCAAGGAGGCGGAGAAGAAGAAAGAGGAGAAGAUGGAAGUGGACGAGAAGAAAGACGAGGGCCAGGAGAAGAAGGCGGCGGCCAUGGAGGUCAGCACGAGCACCAGCACCAGCACCUCUCUCUCCACCUCCAGCACCAGUGCCACUGCCGGCAAGGACGAGCGCCACGAAGCCGCCGCCGUCGAGGAGGAGAAGGAACCCGAGCCCCUCAGCGAGCUGCUCAACAACCCGGCGCGCGUCAUGAAGAACCAGCUGCGCGUGCUGUCGCCUAGCGACGGGUGCAAGUACACCCCCGUCAAAGAGCUCAGUCACGGUGGUAUCAUCAUGCUCAAGAACAGCAAGCCUCAGGAAGACGAAGACCUGGUGGAGUUUGUACAAGCCGGCGGGCCCAGAGUGGAGGAAGAAGAGGAGCCGGAACCACCAGAACCAUUUGAGUGGAUGGAGGACUAGACUUACAGAUGUCUGCAGCCAGUCCAACCACUGUGUCACGUCUUCGUCACACCCCGUCAACACCCCACCCCACCUCACACCAUUUACCAGCUGUGUGACUGAGUCGUUGUGGCUUUUUCUCAAAAGAAAGAGGUGGGAAGGAGGUUGUCAAGAUAAAAACUUUGUUACAAACUUUGCUUCAGUUUCUCGGGUGUUGCCGACUUCCGUUGCGGAAUGUCGGACUGUUCAACUUGUUUGGCGACAUCAGUGUCUGCUCCGAGGAGUCCGUGAUAGUCUUUUAUCUCAUUUUUCACGUAUUGUAAUAAUUCCUAGGUGAUGUGAAAUAAACCCAACUGUCUUA